AUUAUAUGUGUACGCAUCCUUUAUGUAGAAUAUGCCAAGCAUAAAUUUAAUGCAACAUCUAUAGCAAUUGGCCCGUCUGUGGGUCACAUGUUGCGUGGUCUUCCUUUUUAGAGUUCGCGAGUAAAAGAACGAGAGGAAUUCCUAGUCCACGAAGCGCUUUUCAAGUCGCUGCAUCUCUUGUUUUUCUGCGCUUCCCUGCAGGUAUGCAUGAGCUAUGCUGGUUCAAGAGUGACGGGAAACGUGUGAGACAGUAGCAGUUUCACAGGCUUCUAAUUUAGCAUGAGUGAAUUCGAUACGUUUAAGCUUCUUUGGACACUAGUUGAGUAGGGUGCGUGAUCUAUAUCUUACACAAGUGUGUAAAGAGAAUUUGUGUAGAUGGAAUCGAUGGUUAACAGUGCGAAAAACGGGCUUCUUUAUAUCCCUUCUACUAUUUGAGGAAAUUCGACUUUUUUUUUUCAUAAGAACGCUGUUGAGAAAUUAAUUUUUUAAUUUUCGUGUACAACGCUCAAUCUAGAGAUAUUAUGACACCAAAGACCGUCUCUAGCGGGAAGACACUAGUACUUGUUAGAGAUGAGAAUGGAUCAGGUAGUCUGCUGCCCGCGCCUAGUCCUCAGGUGUUGGACGAGGACGUGUAUACUAAGAAAAUAGACCAGAUUGUACAAAAGGAUUAUUUUCCCGACUUGCCUAAACUCAAAGCACGAGUUGAAUGGACCAGCGCUGCAAGGUAUCAGAAUAUCUUAGCUAUGGAGGAAAUUAAGAAAGGCAUGGGGGAUGGCCAGAAGUUUUCAACAGCUUGGUGACGUUAUGACGUGUGUGAUGCAUGGGGUUUAGGGGCUACGUAUGGCGGUCUCCCAGAGUCUCUGCAGUCUCCUUCUUCUGGAAGAGAAUCUCUCGAAGUUGCCAAGGGAGGUGGGGUGGAUGACAGAGGCCUGGACGUGGCGUUGUUGGAAAGACAAGAGAUACCAGAAGAGGGGCAGGCGGAGGAUAUGUCGCUGGACGAAUUUAUUGUGAAGUACACGAGUGAAGAUGAUGCUAGUUUUUUUAGUUUGGUAGAAAAAGAAUCGAUGGCCUCAAAAAAGAGACUUUGGAAGAUAGAGGAGAUGGGUCGAAAGAAUAUGAAGGUAUUUGAAUCCGGUCAUGUUCCUCGGGUCAUUUGUGCAUCUGAUUCUAGGGAUGCAUUAAUGGAUUUUCCUGAUAGCAUUCAGAUGGAUAAUUGUCCUGCUUUUUCGAGGUUUAACAAGGAAAUUCGAAGAGAAAACACACGCUUUGUCGGAUGCAUAUGGAAAGAUGAGAAAAAGGCUGCUCGAGAUAAGGAUGGAUUCCUUAUCCCGUUACAGGGAAAGCCGACCGUUUUCGGUCUAAAGAAAGACGAUAGAGAGGUGAUGUCAUCUCCUAGGUUACCGAGUCGACUUCAUUCGUUUGUGACUGUUCCGUCUCCAAAUCCUCACGCAGGACUUCAAUCCCCGUUUAUUACUUGGGGUGAAAUUGAUGAACCGCAACUGUUGGACGAGUGUGGAAAUUUGCCAUUGAGCGAGAGCUUUGUCAAAUCGGCUGACAAGAGUAUACCAGGAGCUUAUGAAUUUCACAUUCCCCAACAAUCUCCGAGGCAACUGGCUGCCAAUCAUCUCGCGCGUCAGGCAUCCUUAUCUAAAAAAAAGAAGGAAACUACUGGAAAUCGAACGCCUCUUUUAGGGGGGGAAUCAAUCAAAACGUCUUCAUUUUUGGGACAUUCUGAAAACAAAAUAGACGUGGACUCUCAACUUCGAGCAAGUUACAGUCCGAUGGUAAAUUCCGGCCUCAAUGUGAAGCUAACGCCUGUCAGAAAAGUUGAUGUCUCUUCUUCUACUCGAAAUGUUAGUCAUUGAAUGUCACGUAUAUGCAUUAAGCGUCGAGUAUCGCCUUCGUUCUUUUUUUUUCGGUAUCGGUAUAGAGGGGGUCUACUGUUUUGAGCGCCUUCGAAGCAAGUUGCGUUUCUCAAGCGUUGCAUGGGUUCAUCUUUCAGAAAAUCAGUCGCUUGUAUGGUUUCGAGGUUGAGUUCGCUGUAAGCGCGAUGCAGUUGAGUGCAGAGUCUUCUUGCUACAGAAUUAUAUAUAUUUAAAAAAAUUUUUUAUCGGUUUUCAUUCCUUGUAGAGUAGUCUUGGUUGCAUUGCUUGCAUGGGAGAUCCGGCGAGUGCCGAAAAUGCCGUUCUGAGUGCCGAGAACGCCGCUUUGAGAGCUGAAAUCGCCGCUUUGAGGGAUGAACUGAAGAGGAGAGAACGUUCUUGUCACCCAACUCACGUUUGUACGGGUGAUCCUUUUCUUAGACUCGACCCGUUAGAAUGCACGAAAUUGAGUAACGAUGAGAUUCGUCGGUACAGUAGACAAUUGAUCAUGUCGGAAAUAGGUCCGGAACGUCAGAGGCUGUUGAGGUCAAAAUCUGUUUUGAUAGUUGGUGCCGGUGGCCUAUGUUCCACGUCUGCUAUGUAUUUGAGUGGGGCUGGAAUUGGUCGAAUUGGCGUGGUUGAUUUCGACAGAGUUGAGAUUAGCAACUUGCAGCGCCAAAUUAUUCACAAGGAAUCUGAUGAAGGAGAGCUGAAGUCAAUUUCUGCCAGCCGGUCUAUUCGCGAGUUUAAUUCGGACACGCGUGUGGUGGCCUAUCCGGUGAUGCUGAUGCCUGAGAACGCGUUAGAGAUCAUUCGUCCUUAUGAUUUGGUACUGGAUUGUACAGACAAUGUUUCGUCUCGGUACUUGAUCAACGAUGCGUGCGUGAUGUUAGACAAGCCGUUGGUAUCUGGUUCUGCACUAAGGAUGGAAGGCCACGUUACUGUAUACCAUUAUGGAGAAAUGGGUCCUUGCUACCGGUGUUUGUUUCCUGAUCCGCCUCCACGGGACGCGCAAGGCAAUUGCAACAACGAGGGCGUAUUGGGCGUUGUUCCUGGGAUCAUUGGGUGCAUUCAGGCAUUAGAGGCCAUAAAGGUUCUUAUUUGUGGCCAGACUUUGUCUGGACGUAUGUUGUAUCUGGAUGCGAAUACGAGUGUUUUUCGCGAAUUCAAGCUUCGAGCGCGAAACUCUAAUUGCUCUGUUUGCGGAGACCGCCCAAGAAUAACCAAGCUAUUUAACUACGAAUCUUGUUCGCCUUCGCCUAUUCUACCCGGCAACGCCUCCAUCGUUCCGGACAGUCAAAAGAUAACCGCCCGAGAUUAUUUUUUUCAAGUUCUCGAGAAAAAGCAGAAGCAUCUUUUAUUAGACGUUCGACCGUCAGUGCAAUUUAACAUUUGCUCUCUUCCUCAAUCUGUCAAUGCGCCUCUGUCUGAACUGGAUGACGUGAUCCAGCGGCUCGACCCCCCUGUUGUCCCGUCCUCGCCCAUCUACGUCAUUUGCAGAAGGGGAAAGGACUCGCAACUAGCCGUCAAAAAGCUGGUCGACCUGGGCUUCUACAAUGCCAAAAGCAUCAUUGGCGGAGUUAGCGCCUGGUCAAGAGAGGUCGAUUCCGACUUUCCGACCUAUUGAUUGCCAAAAACGACGGCGAACCAACUUUGAUGUGUGUGAUAUAGAUUGUGUAUAUGAGUGUAUUACCAUAUUAUGUAUGACUGACGACUACUCAACCAUAUCGACGGGGGGUUGUAGGCGUGAUAUGCGUGCGCAGGUCGAGCCUGUGAGACGACGGACGGACGCGAGGUCGUGUGAGUCCAAGGGCAUGGCCUUGUGCGCUUAGGGUGUCUUGUCAAAUUUUUUCCGGUACAACGAUCAUUCUUUGUUUUGGUAGCGUGGGCAUCAAGUUGGAUGUCUCACGGCGCAAUGCGCAGUGUGGUUGCAGCGUGCUUGUUUGUUUUUCCCCUUGAGGUGUGCGGUUGCUACGGUGGUCGACUGUGAUUUCGCUGCCCUGUUUGCAAUAGGGAUUGGCAGGCAUGUCGCUUUCUUUUUUGAAGGAUCAGAUAAACCAGAAGAAACGCUGUCUUGGCGGGUCUGACACUUCUAGAAAGUGGGUGAAGAGAGGAGAAAUAGAACAAGACAGACAGAGAAAGUAUCUGGAAGAGGAGAGGGAGAGAGAGGAAGCAAGAAGAAGGAAAUUGGAGGCCAAGCUGAGCGCGCAGGAGUCGUCUGGAAAGUAUGGGCUCAAAGAUGAAGAGGAACAGCCGCUGAAACAGAUUCGGGCCGUUUUACCUUUAGAGGAGGUUUUGUGUCGUUUGAGGGCGCGCGGAGAGCCUAUUACCUACUUUGGUGAGAGCGAUUUACAGAGGGCCGAGCGGCUCCGAAAGCUUGAGCACAUGAAGCCCAUGGAAUAUAACGAAACCAACGAGAAGGAAUGGACGCGCAUUAUACGCGAGGAAGAAGAAGUAGAGGGUGAAACCGAGGCAGCCAAGAAGAAAAUUCAGCAGGAAGAUGCGAUUUUUUUGAUAGAGGAUCGCGAACCUAAAAAUCCACAGGAAGAAGUUUUGUUUUGGUGUCGCGAAUCGUUUGCGGAAUGGAAGCACCGUUUGGACGAUCGCGAUGAUGUUACGAAAAAAUCAGCGCAAGGAAAAGUGGAAUCUGCUCGAUUUAAGCAAACUCAGAAUUACAUUCGACCUUUUCUUCUUCAACUGUCUGGUCGAAAAGGCGUUGAACCUGUUCAAGACGAUAUUUUUGUGCAUGUUUUUGAGAUAUAUAAAGCAUGUAAAGUUUAUGACUACAGGCAAGCAAACGACGCCUAUUACAGACUUGCUAUUGGUAAUGCGCCCUGGCCUAUGGGUGUAACUAUGGUCGGCAUUCACGAGAGAUCUGCUCGAGAAAAAAUUUCGACAUCUUCUGUUGCUCAUGUUCUAAACGACGAAACUCAGAGAAAGUACAUUUCUGCCAUCAAACGAAUGGUCACUUUUCUUCAAAGUGCCUAUCCGACUCUUCCGUCCCGAUCUGUUAUGUAAUCAAACUUUUAUUUUAGCGCAUUCUCUUGGUUAAAAGUGAUCCCGAACGUGGUGCUGUGUGUUCUCGAUAUGAUCGUCUUCAAUCUCUGCAGCAGUUCAGUCUUGAUGUUCAACGGAACUCGAUCUGUGCUAUAAAAUGAGUUAAAUUGCUACUUCGAAAAAAAAAAUGAAACCCCUAUUUUACCUUUUGCCUUGACUAAAAACUUGUCUGUCAACUCUUCGAUGAUGGCCCAAUUCGUUUCUUUUGUCCCCUCACUGCUCUCGUUUGACUCUUGUUCUGAAUCGUACUGGCUAUUAUAGUGGUCUUGUACAUACUCUAUAAAAUCUCGUUUCAAUAUACCUCUCCAUCCCGUCUCGUCCAACUUUGCAGUCAGCCACAAUUUAAGCCUGGAAAAAGAUAACGUCAGUUUUUUUUUUGGCGGAAAACAUUGUUUUUCUUACCUCUCCAAAUCUCCAGUUUCAACAAGUCUUUUAUAAAAGUUUGAAU